ACCGCAACACACUUGUCCAUUCUCCAUCACUUGCUUUAGCUGCUUGUGCCACUGCUCUCCUUCCUUCGUUUGUGUUGUUGUUGCUGUUGACCGACCAAGGAAACCAAACCGACCAUGUCUCUGCGUCGUGCCCUCGUUGGCUGCAAGCGCGUCAUUGACUACCUCGUCAAGGUUCGCGUCAACCCCCAGGGAACCGGUGUUGUCAAGGAUGUCAAGCACUCCAUGAACAACUUUGACGAGAUUGCCGUCGAGGAGGCCAUCCGCCUGAAGGAGGCCAAGAAGCUCGAGGAGGUUGUGGUUGUGUCGUGCGGCCCCAAGCAGAGCGUCGAUGUGAUCCGCACCGCGCUUGCCAUGGGUGCCGACCGCGGCAUCCAUGUCACCGUUGACGACACGGACAAGCUUGAGCCCCUCGCUGUUGCCAAGAUCUUCGCCAAGCUCGUCGACGUCGAGAAGCCUGACCUCGUCAUCAUGGGCAAGCAGGCGAUCGAUGACGACAGCAACCAGACAGCACAGAUGCUCGCUGCCCUCGUGGACUGGCCACAGGCGACGUUUGCGUCGAAGGUGGUCGUGUCUGACGAUGCGAGCAAGCUGGAGGUGACGCGCGAGAUUGACGGCGGCCUUGAGACGAUCAACGUCAAGGUGCCUGCAGUCAUCAGCGCCGACCUGCGCCUCAACGAGCCCCGCUACGCCACCCUCCCCAACAUCAUGAAGGCAAAGAAGAAGAAGGUCGACACCAAGACCCCAGAGGACCUUGGCGUGGACAUUGUUUCCCAGCUCGAGUACGUGUCUGUUGCUGAGCCGCCAAAGCGCAGCGGUGGUACCAAGGUUGAGAGCGUGGAUGAGCUGCUUGACAAGCUCAAGAACGAGGCCAAGGUCCUCUGAUCAGCCAUCUCCCGCACAUCCACACAACCAUAGCCAUACACACAAGCCACGCCGCCACAUGCAACCCCACCUCCCACCAACGGGCGUGGAAACCGCUUCCAUCGCCACACAUACCACACCACUGCCGCUACUCGGUUGUCAUCAGUCAGCUUUCGACUCUGUUUCGCGACCCAAUACACGACUGCUCAGACCAA